AUUUACAUGAAGCAGGCAUAUCAUGAUUCAUGUAUGACAGUGCAACUCUGUUUUCACCUGCGAAGUCCACCGAGAUUAGAAACCUCUCGCUUUCAAAACCUAACUUCACUCUGUGUCUGAAUCCAAAAUAGAAAAUAAGCAAAAGAUCAAAACUCACUCGGACACUCUCUCCUCGAACUUAUAAAAUCCCACAUUUUUCCAGAGAGUCAAAACAAAAGCAAAGCAAUUUCCACCUUUUCCUACCCAUUUUCUACCGUUCUCCCUCAAACCAAAGACCACUGUUUAUCUUCUCAGGCAUUAUGCAGAGUCUUUAGACCACCCAUUUCACUUCAAAACCUCACAAAGCCAGCACAGCCCAGAAAGCAAGAGUUGAAAAAGAUCCAAAAUUUCCCACCAACCCCUCAAACCAAACAUGCAUUUCACUUUCUCCAUUCUCCUCCUCCUUCUCUUCCCCUCUCUCUGUUUCUCCUCACUUACUGAGCUCCCUGCUCUUAUGGCCAUGAAGGCCUCUCUGGACCCACAAAACCAGUUCUUGACUUCAUGGACGCCUCACUCUGAGCCAUGUAGUGGAGCUUUUGAAGGCGUGGCUUGCAAUGAGCAGGGCCUUGUGACCAAUAUCUCUCUUCAAGGGAAGGGUCUCUGGGGCCAAAUACCCCCAGCUGUUGGUGGCCUGAAGAGCCUGACUGGUCUGUAUCUUCACUUCAAUGCUUUGAGUGGGAAAAUACCAAAGGAGAUUGCUCGUUUGAACCAGCUCAGUGACUUGUAUCUCAAUGUCAAUAAUCUUUCUGGUGGAAUUCCUCGUGAGAUUGGUAACAUGCCUAAUUUGCAAGUUUUGCAGCUGUGCUACAACAAGUUGACUGGGGGCCUACCGACACAAUUGGGAGAUCUUAAAAGGCUCAGUGUUCUUGCAGUGCAAUCCAAUCAGUUAACCGGGGCAAUUCCAGCAAGCCUGGGUGAGUUGGGGACGCUAACAAGGCUGGAUUUGAGCUUUAAUAGCUUUUUUGGUCCUAUUCCUGCAAGAUUGGCUCAUGCUCCUAUGCUUCAAGUCCUUGAUGUUCGAAGCAAUAGUCUCUCAGGAAAUAUCCCUCCAGAUCUAAAGAGACUGAAUGGAGGAUUUCAAUAUGAAAACAACCCAAGCCUAUGUGGGGUUGGGUUUUCUGGCUUAAAAGUUUGCACAGCUACUACUACUCGGAACCCAAACAAGCCACAACCAUUUGAACCUGGUAACUUUACUGCAAAAAAUCUUCCAGACUCACCUACUGCAAGAGAAAUCCCUGAGUCUGCAAAUUUAGAGUCCAAUUGCAGCCAAACCCACUGUUCAAGAGCAUCAAAAUCCCAACAAAUUGGUAUAGUUUUUGGGGUGAUUGGAGUUAUUGCUGCUUUAGCUGUAUCUGGUCUCUUUACCUUCUCAUGGUAUCGUCGCCGAAAACAGAAAAUUGGGAGUACUUUGGACACUUCGGAUAGCAGGCUUAGUACUGACCAGGCAAAGGAAGUUUACAAGAAGAAUGCAUCUCCUCUCAUCAAUCUGGAGUAUUCUAACGGGUGGGACCCGUUGGCUAAAGGUAGCGCUGGGUACUCUCAAGAAGUUCUUGAGAGUUUUAUGUUCAAUUUAGAAGAAGUGGAGCGUGCAACUCAGAGCUUCUCAGAAGGCAAUCUGUUGAGGAAGAGUAAUUUUUCUGCCAUCUACAAGGGAAUCAUAAGGGAUGGAUCAGUUGUUGCUAUAAACUGCAUCAGCAAGACAAGCUGUAAGCCUGAUGAAGCUGAAUUUUUGAAGGGAUUGAAGAUAUUGCCCUCAUUAAAACAUGAAAAUCUUGUUAGGUUGAGAGGCUUUUGUUGUUCAAAAGGCAGGGGGGAGUGGUUUCUUAUCUAUGAUUUUGUCCCCAAUGAAAGUCUGUUACAGUAUCUCGACAUUAAGGUUGGCAGUGGGGAGAUUCUUGAGUGGUCAACCAGGGUAUCUAUAAUCACUGGCAUUGCUAAAGGUAUUGGAUAUUUGCAUGGAAGUAUGGGCAAUAAACCUGCAAUAGUUCACCAGACCAUAUCAGCUGAGAAGGUGCUUAUUGACUCCCACUAUAACCCCUUACUCUCAGAUUCGGGCUUGCACAAACUCCUUGCAGAUGAUAUUGUCUUCUCGAUGCUCAAAGCCAGUGCUGCCAUGGGAUACCUGGCUCCUGAGUACACAAUUACUGGUCGCUUCACUGCAAAGAGCGACAUUUAUGCAUUUGGUAUGAUUGUUUUUCAAAUCCUUUCUGGAAAACGUAAAAUCACCCAGGUGAAUCGCCAAGGGGCUGAGGCAGGCAGAUUUGAAGAUUUCAUUGAUGCAAACCUUGAGGGAAACUUUUCAGAAUCAGAGGCAACCAAACUUGGAAGACUUGCUCUUCUUUGCACGCAGGAGUCUCCCAGUUACAGGCCGUCCAUAGAAAAUGUGGUGAAAGAGCUAAGUGGGUUUAUCUGCACUUGAUUUUCAUAUGGAGUUAUUGCCACAAUUUUCAAAUCAUUAGAGAGAUUUAGAUGAAGCAAUUAACUGCUGACUGAUGGCUGAAGCUGUGUUUUCUUCUAAUUAUCGUGUCCGGUUCUUGAUCAGUGAAGUGUUCGUGAAUGGUAUGUACUGGUUUGCUGUAAUUUAUGGCAGAAGUGAUUUUGGUGGGAGGAAGCACCCUUUGAUUAUUUGUCUUUGUUGAGGGAGGCAAGUUGGUUCAAUUAGCAAGACAUUAUUUGUAGUUUUUAUGUUCAACACGUAGAAGCUGUUGUGUUCCAACAAUGUCAUUAGGUUGCUAGUGCAUGUAAAGUGUGAACUAAACUGUGAACUUUCCUUUAAACUCAGAUGUAAAAUUGUAGAUGGAAGCAAACUCAGCUUCCUAGUAUUGUACGUUACCUUUGAUAUUUAUAAACUGCCAUUGUUGGAAUUCUAAACAAGUUGCAACCA